UACUUAUUGAUACACAAAUGAAUUAUCUAAUCAAUACUUUGAAAAUUACAGAGAUAUGAGACUUGAUUAAGAUAAUGCAGGGAAACGAUAAACAUGUUUCAGUGCUCCAAGUCUUAAUAAAGUGUUUAUGAUGAAAUAAUAGUGCUUAUUUUUUUUUGGAUUUGGUUUAUUCUUCGAAGGAAUUAUCCAAAAUGGCAUACAAUCCUCCUCCAAGUGGACCACCCCCUUACUAUGGUUAUCCGCCUCCCCCUAGUCAAGCCCCAGGUGCCUUCGCCUACGUGCCGACGCCUGUUAUGAUGCCAGUGUUUCCACCACCGCCAGAAAGUCACCCCUCGCAACCAACUUAUGUGACAAAUUACAUAUACCCACCGCAACCUAUUCCCGAUCCAGUCGUAGUUGUAGAACAGCCUGAAUAUCCUCCAGAACUUAUUGACUGGGUACCGACCACGCCCGGAGAAGCUCACACGCUAUACGGUAGAGCGUACCCCGCAGGCAAGGAAGGUUGGGACGGAAGCCCCCUGUGGGCCAUCCGAUCUUAUCACAAUGGCGCCUUGGUGCCCGGCAAGCUGGCGGUCAAGCACCGUGCAGCGUACAUACCAUUUGCUGGUAGAGAAAUACCGGUUCAUAACUUUGAGGUGCUAUGUGCCCCUCAGCACGCCGUAAAGUGGGUGCCUGCAAGUAACGGACAAGUUCCGCCUGAAGCCAUCAUAGCGGGCAACACCAUUAACGCUGAGCCUCUCUACGUCGGUAGAGUACGGCACAGAGGUUCUCUAACCCCUGGCAAGGUUCAACCUAGCCAUGAAGUUUGCUACAUUUCUUUCGGCGGAUCGGAAGUACCGCUGAGGCAGUACGAAAUACUCUGCCGAACAAAUUAUUAAAAAAUUAUACCAAAAAAUUAUAACUCAAUUAACAUAAUCAUGUACCUACUUAAAAUUCAUGUUCAAUUUACAUUCAACAACAGUUCAACAAAAAUACAUGUUCAUGAUUGACUAAUUUUCAUUGUAAAAGAUUUAAGUCCUUCCUAUCGGUAUCCGGUAUAGUGUUUACACAAAUUGUUUGUGGAAUGUUUUAAAAUGUUGUACUUAAUAAUAAAACAAUAAAGAACACAAUAACUAUUCGAUAAAUUCCUUCCGACUAAGUACAGUAUUCUCAUAAACGUUAAAUUUCUUUAUGAAAAACGUUUAUCUACCUAUGUAAUAUGUUCGCUCUAAUUAUGCAUUCAUUCAGUAUUUAUUAAAUCGUUGCCUAUGCUUCCUAAAAAAAGAUUUUAUUUAAAUACAAUUUGUAUAAAAUGA